AUGACAUCCACGAACAGCCAAUGGCUCUUCUACGCCAUGGCGUCGGGUGGGUGUGCAGCAUUGAACGGCGUCUUCGCAAAGCUCACGACUACACAACUAACCACGACUUGGGCGACGGGCAUCUCGCAUCUCUUUGGCUUCAAUGAGCCCAGCAGGAUUGUUGAAUUCCUUGUGCGCGGUUUCUUCUUCCUUAUGAAUUUGGCCUUCAAUGCCGUUAUGUGGGGUCUCUUCACACGAGCCUUGACACUGGCAACGAGCACGGUUCGUGUGAGCGUGAUCAACACAUCGGCCAAUUUUAUGAUCACGGCAGUAUUGGGUGCUCUUAUCUUUCGAGAAUCACUACCUGGACUCUGGUGGCUGGGCGCAAGCUUUCUCGUGGCAGGCUCAGUCAUCAUCGGACGGCGUGAAGAAGGCAAGGAUGUGGGCUCGGCAGGAACAGCAGGAAACGAAUCUGCUGUUGUAGUGUCAGGAGGUUUCCAGGACGAGCCCGAUGCUCCUCUUGCCGCCGCCGGCUCUGUAGGAGGAGCGGAGCAGGAAAGCUACAAGGAUAGUAUUGAGCUUAAGCGUAAGCCUGCGAAGAAAGUUGCCGUGGAAAGUGAAGAUGAUGAGUUAGGUAUUUGA